UUGAAGUGUAGCAUCAUCGGCGUUGCUCUGUCGGCAACUUCUGACUAAAGACACAACAAGAACUUCCAAGACAAUUAUCUAGAGGUUGGAGGACUAUACUAACUGUAACUCUUUAAGAAACGUGCUCCUGCACUAUUGAAGAAAGACAACGUCAUUUCUUGGGAGUAUAGUAUAGUUAUCAACAGGUGAGACUCAAAAUGUCUAGCCUCAGAUGACAAUUCUCCUCAUUGCUGCCACGAGUCCCCUUCAUCCUCAUCGUCGGCCUGGUCAGCCUAAAGAUAUUCUCCCUUCCCCAUCGUCGCCUCCCCCCACCCCCCUCACUCGAUGUCUUCCGACGGUCAAGACCUACCCCAUCACCAGUCCUCGGGGAGCAUUGGACAGAUGGUCCCUCAACGCCUUUCUCCUUCGCUGAUCGAUCUAGAACAUCUGUCCCCAGAGGAGCGGAGUAUCAUUCUCUCCGUGCUGGACCGAGAUGAACAGCUGCGAUCUUACGAGCAAGACCGAGUCAAAAGACGAGCAAGGAAGCUUAAAGGUGAACUUCACGAUCUGCGCAAGAAAAGCGCGGCCAAGGAGUCGGAUGAGAAUGACAACUGCCGUGUUUGUGUACGCUGCCGGGAGCCCCUGGGGCGUGUGUUCAAGUCGGGCGACAACUGCCCAAAGUGCCAGCAUCGUGUAUGCACCAACUGCCAAGUGACGUUACCCAGUGGAACCAGAUGGUUGUGUACUGUGUGCCAUAAAUCUAUGCAACUUCAACUGGAGACUGGCGAGUGGUACUACAAGAAACUCCAGGUGGAUGAGGUGCCAUUGUUAGGCUCGGAUCUAGUGAAGGCGUCUCUUGCUAAGGCCAAGCAAACCUUGACGGAUCCUACCACCGCCCCAGUGCUCACCGCCUCCGACCUCCGCUCCAAGGGGUCGCUAAAUCGAGGAAAGGGAAACCGCGGCCGAAAGCAACGAGGGCGCGUGAACAGUCAGUCCUCGUCGGACUAUGCAAGCUCAACGACUAGGGAAUCUAGCCGACCAAGCGUAAGGUAUGAGAACAGUUCCAGUGACCCCAACUCCCCCGUCAUAUCACACACGACCUCGUCCUCAGGGGUGGGUCACUACACAGAUUUGAACUCUGACCCUGAGGACCUACCGAGGGGAGGGGCUGGUAUUAGGUGGCGGAAGGCGGCGGUAGUCAAUCAGGCCGGCAAUCGGCUUAUCAGGCACAAAGGAGAUGGGAAAGCUAGCACACUAAAGCCGGACUCGCACUUACGAAAUAACAGUUCUCUCUCCGCAACAGACUCGUCCGAGGUGGAUGCAGUCGUCGUUGAGCCCAUCACAGGCUUCACCUUCCAGCGAGUGUCCUUCCGGAGAGAUCGUGGAAAAUCUGAUAAUACUUCCAAGGAUUCAGCUGACCAAGCGUACCAGUUGCACGAGGGCAUGUCCAGUGAACGUAGCAUCUCGGACAGCGGACUCGAAGACUCCCUGUGCAGUGGACAAACUGGUGGCAGCUCAACAAACGCUUCACCAACGGACUUGUUACCUCUGACCUCUGACCCCCCAGUCUUCCACUCUUAUGGGCUCCAGGGUACGGGCAACGAAACAGGGAGGUCCAUUUUAAGAUCAGACUUAGGCUUUGCAAGACCCACCGAUUACAUUAGCUAUGGAACGGACGUGACUGCUGAUACCAUUACGCAAGCUAACUCCACACCACCGGUAGGCUUCAGGAUUGUAUCAGACACUUCAACCUUAGAGACUGCCACAAGUCAUAGCCAGUCAUCAAACAUAAAUGAUGCUGAUAACUUUGAUUAUCAAGACAAUAAAGACCACCGAGACUUGGAUAACUAUUUUGAUGAUGAAGGCCCACUUUCCGAAAAUGAGCAAAGUGGUUGCUUCUUGGUCGAUGAUCGCCUAAGGGGCCUAACUCAAAACAAGGCAAGACAAACCCCUCCGACAGUAGACACUCGAAAACUCUUGAAAAUAUCUCCAAACACUGCUUUCAUCUUACUGGACCACAACAUCAACUGUUCUGAAAGCUCAUUUGAUACAAUCUCAGAGUCUGACGCAAGUGGUUUCUUUGAGCCAAUUGGGAAACCCAAUUCUAUUGAUAUUACCCACUCUUUAAACAGCAUGUACCUCGACUCCAAACAGAACCUACUAAAACCCCAAGAGGGACUCGAUUUAGACGACAGUUACUUUGAGGAUAUCGACAGUGACCUUUGUGAAAGACUUCAUUCAAACACAAAACUUGUUUCAUCAAACUCUGAAGAAACAGCUGAGCCAGCUUCGGCCGCUGAAAAUUGCCGGUCAAAUAGAAACCCGUCCGAGAAUAAAACAAACCACUUUGUCAGAGGGCAAGGCUCCCUGGACGAUUCGACAUCUGAUUCAGUCUGUACGCCGUCAGACGAAAGCGACUCUCUUUGUGAGCUUGAGCUAGACUGGGAUCUACGCUCCUCCUCUCCGGACUUCCAGGAAGUACAGCUAAAAACAAAACUCAAGAAGAAUCAACUCUUGAUGAAUGAACUGAUGAAGGAGGCUAAAAGGGGAACCCCGGAUUUCUUUCACCGGAGUUCAUCCAUGAGCUCAGAGGAUGAUGUCUUCUCUAUCCCUAAACAACCACUAUGUCCAACUGGAUCUUCACUCUCCAAGGAGUCUAAAUCGACAGAGAAACACCUGUCUUCGCUGGAAAAUUCUCGGGAAAACGGUCGUGCGAGACAUCUUAGGAAACGCGAAGGGGAUUCUUGUAUACAAAGCAAAGGAGAUAGUGACUUGUCAAGUUCAGUAUCGUCUUGGGUUGAUUCAGACCCUAGUUCUGAUGAUAACCCCUCAGUUAUCCCAACAUCUACUCCGAAAUCGUCAACUCAUGAAGCACCAAGACUCUCUGGUCAAAGGACCGACCAAAAAGUGGUAAUCCCUCGACCGAACUGGGCAGAAAUGAAAGCCCAGCAAUGGAAAACCACAGGCCCUAUUAACAGGUCCUUCCGAUCAAAACGACCCGGUGGUAGAUCAGAAGUCGGCAGCCAACUCAAAAUCGUCAGCGAGGGCCCGGUCCUGAUCACAGAGAAAAACAAGGGCACAUACGUUGUCAAUCCGGUAUGUGACGGCGUCCUGGACUCCGAUAGUGAUUCAAGCUCAGACGACUUAGAUCAAACUAGCCACACUAGGCCACCACACACAAAGAAACCCUCAAGCCGGCCAAGUCGUUUGCAAUUCGCAUACUGCAGCAGCUCAGACAGUGAGUUAUCCACCAUUAUGGAAGUAUCUGAGGAGGACCAGUCUGCUUUGUCGCUUGAGAACAGUCCGAUUAAAACAGCGGUGUUUAAUAUCACAUUGACUCAUGGUGUGCCGUCGAUAGUUGUGAGCGAUCAGCAUCCGUCUGUGGAUGACACUGAGGAAGAUGCAGAUGACGAAGCUGAGGAGUUACCUCAAUUCCUUACCCCAUAUUAUGAGCCGCAGUUUGGUUGGACUGUUGCCGAACCCUAACUUACAAACUACAAACUGGAAAUCACAAACUGAAUACUACAAACUGAAUAGUAAUACAAAUGCUACUCGUACAAGUUGGCCUAAUAUAUUGUGAAACUCUAAAUUUGAAAACUACAAACUGGAAAUCACAAACUGAAUAUAGAAGUGGAAACUACAAACUAAAAAAUU